AUGGCCCGUCUGCCUUUCCCUCUUCACCAAAUCCCCCCACAGCCCGAGAUCGUGCGACAUGCGAGCUUGGAAAUUGUCAAUAGCGCCGCUCAGACCGGUUUAAUCGAUUUGUCGUCGCUGGCCGUUGUGCGGGAUGGAUUGAUGACCUACAUCCGGAAUGUGUACGGCCCUAACGCCACCGCGGCGCCCGAUGCACCUUACAUUCAGAACAAAAUUGCACAGACCAUCACUUUCCUCUUUUCCGCACUCUACGGCAAUGGUUGGGAGACCUGUUUCGACGACCUCUUAAACCUCACCUAUAAAUCCUCCGCGAGCUCAUCCCGCGACAACGCCCUCGGAAUCGUCUUUUAUUUGCGUGUGGUGAACUCGAUUCACGAGGAAAUUGGCGAUGUCUUGGUGUCGAGAUCGCGCGGAGAGCAGGACAAGGCGAACGGUCUGAAGGAUCUGAUCCGUGAACGGGACAUGCAGAAGAUCGCCAGCUCGUGGCAAGAGAUUUUGUCGGCAUGGCGGGACGCGGAUGACACAGUGGUCGAGAUGUGUCUGAAGGCGGUGGGUAGCUGGGUCAGCUGGAUUGAUAUUGGUUUGGUGGUGAACCAGGCAAUGUUGGACCUCCUGUUCCAGCAGCUGGGUCGGGCGGAGAAGCAGGAAUUGCGCGAGGGCGAGCAGCGUGUCCGAGAUGCCGCCGUGGAUGUCUUCACUGAGAUCAUCGGCAAGAAGAUGAAGCCCGUCGACAAAAUUGAAAUGAUCAACUUCCUCAACCUUGACUCGAUCGUCACCCAGCUUUCAAACAGCCCCCCAUUGCGCGAGAAUCGAUUCACCUUCAAGUACGAUACCGAUCUGGCUGAGACUGUCGCCAAGCUUGUGAACAUUACGGUGAUGGAUAUUGUGCGGGUACUCGAGACCGACUCUGGCUCUGUCAAAGACAAGGCAAACAAUCUUCUCCAGGUUUUCCUGCCUCACAUCUUGCGCUUCUUCUCGGACGAAUAUGACGAAGUCUGCUCAACUGUGAUUCCUUGUGUCAACGACAUGCUCACUUACAUCCGGAAGGUUGCCAAGGCAGACCCUACCUUGGAAGCUCGGAACAAGGCGAUUCUUCUGCCAAUCUUGAAGGCAAUUGUCGCGAAGAUGCGUUAUGAUGAAACCUCCAACUGGGGUGACGAGGAUGAGCAGACUGACGAAGCAGAAUUCCAGGAGCUGCGCAAGAGACUGGGCGUUCUGCAGCAGAUUAUUGCCUCUGCAGACGAGCAGCUAUACAUUGAUGCUAUCUCCGAAGUGGUGGGAACAACAUUCGAGAACUUGCGUGCCUCUGGCGGCCAAAUUGACUGGCGAGAUCUGGAUCUCGCUCUGCAUGAGAUGUUCCUUUUCGGCGACCUAGCUGUCAAGGCCGGUGGUCUGUACUUAAAGGGUGCGCCCACCGGCCCUGCUGCAGUUCGUCUCAUUGAGAUGAUGCUUGGAAUGGUCGAGUCUGACAUCCGAUCUUUCACCCACCCUGCCACACAGCUCCAAUACAUGGAGAUUUGCGUUCGCUACAGCUCCUUCUUCCAGCACCAUGCGCAGCUCAUCCCCGGCGUUCUGGAGAGUUUCCUCCAACUUGUCCACCACACGAACCGCAAAGUGAAGACCCGCUCGUGGUACCUGUUCCAGCGGUUAGUGAAGCAGCUGCGGGGUCUCAUUGGCAACGUGGCGCAAACCGUCGUCGAGGCUUUGGGCGAUCUCUUGGUGAUCCAAGCUGAGCUGCCUUCUGAAGGCGAGGAUGGUGAUGAGAUGUCUUCUGAGGAUCACGAGGGCUCCGCAGAUGCCGUUUUCAACAGCCAGUUGUACCUCUUCGAGGCGGUCGGCGUUAUCUGCUCGACCGGCAGCGUGCCUGUAGAUAAGCAGGUUCUUUACAUCCAGGCGGUUGUGAAUCCUAUUUUCGCCGAUAUGGAGCGCAAUCUCGCAGCUGCCAAGGCCAACGAUGAACGGGCCUUGCUACAGAUUCACCAUGAUAUCAUGGCCCUGGGAACUCUCGCUCCUACCAGCAGUGUCCCUGUCAACUUGCCCGCAGCACAGGUCUCUGAGUGCUUCUGCCAGGUAGCAGAGGCGACCUUGGUCUCCCUGGAGUCUCUCAAAAUGUCGUUCAACAUCCGUACUGCCGCUCGUUUUGCCUUCUCCCGGCUCAUUAGCGUGCUGGGUGCUCGCAUCUUGCCCCAGCUGCCCCGCUGGAUUGAUGGGCUCCUGACCCAGACCUCGUCUCGAGAUGAGAUGGCCCUUUUCCUGCGUCUUUUGGACCAGGUAAUCUUCGGGUUCAAAGGUGAGAUUUACAGUAUUCUCGACACACUCUUGACCCCCUUCCUGCAGCGCGUGUUCUCCAGCCUUGCGGACCCUACUACAGGUACCGAUGAUGAAAUCCAACUGGCUGAGCUCAAGCGUGAAUACUUGAACUUCCUGCUCGCUGUAUUGAACAAUGAUCUCGGAGCUGUGAUAAUUAGCGAGAGGAACCAACCUAUUUUCGAAUCCGUCAUUACCACCAUCGAGCACUUUGCCAAGGAUAUUGACGACUUUACGACCGCCAAGAUGGCCUUCUCCGUUCUUUCAAGGAUGGGAAGUGCCUGGGGCGGACCAGACAUUGCCCCCGGAGCUACUAAUGGCGCCGCACCCACUCAAGCGGCCCUCCCUGGAUUUGGCGGAUUCAUGAUCAGCCGCUUCUCGCCUCUGUGCUGGGCUCUCCCUACCACCCCCUCCUUCAACUCUAAAGAUGCGCUUGCCAAGCAAGUUCUUGCCGAAGCGGGUUCUUUGCAACGCACAAUUUACCUCAAGACGGGUAUGGAAUAUGUUGAAUACUUGCGGACUCGGGAGCUGCCCGGCAUGGGCAUGGGCGGCGACCUGAUUGAAGAGUUCUUGACGGCUCUCAGCCGGCUGGACAUGAAGGGAUUCCGCCAAUUCUUCCCGUCAUUCAUCCAGCGAUUGAGCGCAUAA